AUGUUGCUCCAUUUCGUACGGCACGGUCCCAGAAGGGCACGAACAGAGAGAAGAGUGACGGGAAUCCCUCCGCAAACACACAGACGCACAAGAAUCAGAUACAGGGCACAGGCGGCACCCUUGAUCCCUCAUCCCUCAUCCUAG